UAAUUACGUGCGCAACACUGUAAGAGUCACGUCCGCUUUUCUAGAAGUGAGCUUGGGCUGCCUCUGAUUCUUGCUUAAUUUUUGGUUCGUUCUAUUCAUUCCAAAGCUUAGAAAGUUUUUCUCUAUGCAAGAAUGAUUCGUAUUUGGCAUUCUUCGUUUGAAAAACGACCGCUAACAUUAAAUUAAAUAUCUCGAAAGUCACGGUUGAACAACACAAAAAGUACUUCACAAAAGGCUUCAAACUGUUGUCUCCCGACCGCUGGCCGAAGGAUCACGAGAGGAACUCUGGGAUCACACAGUUUCUCUUUCCCAAAAUGGAGCACAGAAAAGACUUGCACGUUCGCAAACUGAACUUAAUCCCCGUAAAGCAAGAAGGAGGAUACUUAAAGGAAACAUUUCGAUCAACUGAAAUGAUUCAAGUUCCUGAAAGAGACGGAGGAAAACGAUGCAUGUUUACUACCAUUUACUACAUGAUAGCUCCAGAAAUGGGAGGAAAAAACUAUUUACAAAGUAACAAAAGUGAUGCUGUGCUCUAUUUUCACGACGGAUGGCCAGCUCAGUACAUUCUCGUUUAUCCAAAUGGGGAAAUUGAGGAAUAUAUAUUAGGGCGCGAAGUAUCGAAAGGCCAUGUCCUACAGCUGAGAAUUCCUGGAGGUUGUCUGAAAGGUGGCAAGAUCUUAGUCGAAGAGGAGUAUGCUUCUUUUAAUGAUGAAAAACCUUUCACGCUGAUCUCGGAGCAAGUUUCUCCAGGCUUUGAAUUAAGAGAUCGUUAUGUGCCUACUCUACAUGAGAUGAAAUCCACGUAUCCAAAACAAUGGAAGGCAAUGGAAGAAUACAUUGCGCCAUCGGCAGCCCAAGAUAAAUAAGCUAGUGCCAAAAUGUAUGCUAAUUGUGCAUGAUGAUAUAGCGUUAAUUUACAUAUUCUUGCUACGUGAUUUCAUAGUUAAUAUGGUGAUUUUAAGAGUAUCAAAAUGAAUGUUACCGAGGGGAAUUAGCAAUAUUGAAUCAAAAAGUAGCUCAUUUGGCAAGAUUUCCAUAUAGCCCCAUACAUUAAUUAUGCAUAGAGUGUUGCAAAGAAACCUUUACAAUUAGUCUUUA